GUCCCCUCUUGCAGAGGCGAAUCCAGCUGCAUGUUUCCUGGAACCCCUGUCUCUGCUCUGCAUACCUGGAGAUAUGAAUGACACCCAUGGCAAGGGCAAUAUCAGCGCUGCUGUGGAACUGUUCCAGCUCAUCGUGUACACCCCCACUUUUAUCCUGGGAUUGCUGUUCAACAUAAUGGCUCUGUCAUUCCUGUUUUUUAAGGUUAAAAAGCUGUCAGAAUCUACAGUCUACAUGAUAGCCCUUAUAUUCCUGGAUACUUUGCUGUUGUUUACCCUUCCUUUCAAAAUCAUUUCCUACCACCUUCAGGACAACUGGAACUUGGGGUCUGUGUUUUGCUCCACCUUGGAGAGUCUGUACUUUGUGAACAUGUACGGCAGCAUCCUCAUCUCCCUGUGCAUCUGCGUGGAUCGCUACAUCGCUAUCUGCUACCCCUUCGUGGCCCUCACCCUCAGGUCCAUCAAGAAAGCUGCCAUGGUCUGUGCUCUCAUCUGCCUGGGCACCUCUGUGGGGACACUCUCUACUUUCCAACUGCAUGGAAAGGGCCACAACAUCUCGUCCUGCUUCCACAACUUCUCCAAGAGCACGUGGGAGAACGCAGGCCUGCUCAGCACGCUGGAGAUCGUCUUCUUCGGCAGCAUGGCAGCCAUGACUUUCUGCACUGCCCAAACUGUCCGGUGCCUGAGGAGGCACAGAAAGCCGGACAACCCCCAGACACACAGCACCAGAGCAGAGAGGAUCGUGGUGACAAACCUGGCCGCCUUUCUGGUGUGUUUCACACCUUACCACGUGGCAUACUUGAUGUACUUUUUGGUGAAGAACAACGUCAUCCACAUCAGUUUUCAACAAGUGCUACGAGACACUGUUCAGGUCACCCUUUGCUGGGCAAACCUGAACUGCUGUCUCGAUGGGGUGUGUUAUUACUUCGUUUUAAAGGAGUCCUUGGAAGACCCAUUGCAAAACAGUGAAAAAAGAGCCAUGCAAAAGCCUUGAUUUAUGUACUGAAUGUUCAUUACUCAGGAUGAUGUGUGGAGAGGCUUUUGUGGAAAGUACAGAGUUCUGAACCUCUUGCCUAAGCAGUUUGCUUUAAAUAUUCACAGCU